UAAGGAGUUUUAAAGGUUUUCUGUUCUUUGAUUUUGGGGAGAAUUCAAUAGAAUUGUGGGUAACCACCAGUUAAUUUGAAGACUUCUGUUGGAUCUCUUUGUACAGCAAGGAUGAAUCCACCCAAGGUCAAGCGUCGAGUGGGUAAGUAUGAGGUGGGGAGGACUAUUGGUGAGGGAACAUUUGCAAAAGUGAAGUUUGCAAGGAAUUCUGAGACUGGGGAACCGGUGGCUCUGAAAAUCCUUGACAAAGAGAAGGUUCUAAAACACAAGAUGUCUGAGCAGAUAAGGAGAGAAGUAGCAACAAUGAAGUUAAUAAAGCAUCCAAAUGUUGUAUGCUUGUAUGAGGUAAUGGGAAGCAAGACUAAGAUCUUUAUUGUUUUGGAGUAUGUUACAGGGGGAGAGCUCUUUGACAAAAUUGUCAACAAUGGAAGGAUGAUGGAGGAUGAGGCACGGAAGUAUUUCCAGCAACUUAUUAAUGCUGUUGAUUAUUGCCAUAGCAGAGGUGUUUACCACAGAGACUUAAAGCCAGAAAAUUUACUAUUGGAUGCAUAUGGAAACCUCAAAGUUUCUGAUUUUGGAUUAAGUGCUCUAUCUCAACAAGUCAGGGAUGAUGGGCUGCUUCACACUACUUGUGGAACUCCAAAUUAUGUUGCCCCAGAGGUCCUCAAUGAUAGAGGUUAUGAUGGGGCAACUGCGGACUUGUGGUCAUGUGGGGUCAUCCUAUUUGUAUUGCUUGCAGGUUACUUGCCUUUUGAUGAUUCUAAUCUUAUGAACCUGUACAAAAAAAUCUCUGCUGCUGAGUUUACUUGCCCACCUUGGCUUUCAUUCGGUGCCAUGAAAUUGAUAACUCGAAUCUUAGAUCCUAAUCCAAUGACUCGCAUUACUGUCCCUGAAAUUUUGGAGGAUGAGUGGUUCAAGAAAGGUUAUAAGCCACCUGUGUUUGAUGAGAAGUAUGAAGGGAACUUGGAUGAUGUAGAAGCUGUUUUUAAGGAUUCAGAAGAACAUCAUGUGACAGAGAAGACAGAAGAAGAAAAGCCAACAGCUAUGAAUGCAUUUGAGUUGAUUUCUAUGUCAAAGGGGCUCAAUCUUGGAAAUUUGUUUGACAUAGAGCAGGAGUUUAAGAGGGAAACGAGGUUUACAUCAAAAUGUCCUCCCAGUGAGAUCAUCAACAAGAUUGAAGAAGCUGCAAAACCUCUUGGUUUUGAUGUUCUCAAGAAAAAUUACAAGAUGAGGCUGGAGAAUAUGAAAGCGGGUAGGAAGGGAAACCUCAAAAUUUCUACUGAGGUAUUUCAAGUGGCACCUUCUCUUCAUAUGGUUGAAGUACGGAAAGCAAAAGGAGAUACUUUGGAGUUCCAUAAGUUCUACAAAAGUCUUUCAACUUGUCUUAAAGAUGUAGUUUGGAAAACAGAAGAGGACAUGCAAGAUGGAAAAAAGCAAUAACUAUUUAGUUUAAGGCACCAAAGUAAUCAUUUUCAUCAAGGUUCUCAUCAAAGAUUGUAUCUUUUCCCUGUACUUCAUUCCUUUUUCCUUUUCCUCUCUCUAGAAGUUAGAUGACUGGUCGUGUAUAUGGUCCACAAUUGUUUACCAUGUUACUAUUGUUGGAAAGAGUUGUCAAUUCCCCCAAACAGUUUUGUAUGUGAUUUUAUGUUACCUUCGAAUAUUUGAAUUUCAUUCAUGAAAUAUGAUGAAAGAAAUUUUCUUUGUACAAAA